AGAGGAGAGAUGCCAUGAAAUCCGGUUUAUCAUCAUUCUGUGUUAACGGUUAAGCGUAAAUUUGGUUAUAUCAGUAAUUGACCAAAAGGCUAUUAAUGAUCAAUGGCAUAAGAUGGUAAUUCUUGAGAAAAAAUCAGGGUUAUUUCAAAAUUGUACUUCAGUUUUAAUAGUUUAGAUGAGAUAAUUCAGUUCCAACUACAUGAUGCAUUUGGCAAAAAGAAUGAUCUUGACCAAUAAAGAUUAUGCUUUUUCUCCAUGUGUGUAGUCAUCAAUUAUGUGAAAGAUCAAUAUAUAUUUGUACUAACUUGAAUAAUGGAAGAUGAUGUGUGAUAUAAUUACGAUGGAAAAGUCAUUUUGCAUGAAAUUUCUAUACCCUUUUAAUUUGAAUUAUUCCACAAAGUGAGUUGGUCGUCCUCUCACUUGUAAUAUUUUUUUAGUUAAUGAUCUAUAAGAUCUAAGAUUAGUACAGGAGAGAACAUAUCUUUUGUCUCCUAAACCUCCUUUACUAUCAUCAUUAUCAUCAAAAACCCUAUUUUAUACCAUUUCACAGCGAAGACAAGCAGAUAUUUUGAUAUAAAGAAGGGGAGACACCUCAGACAAGAGGAUAUCAGAGAAGAAGAUGUAUCAAGAUCAACAACACCCCGUUGGUGCUCCUCCUCCUCAAGGGUAUCCUCCAAAGGAAGGAUAUCCACCACCGGGAUAUCCUCCGGCAGGUUAUCCUCCACCACCUCAGGGAUACGGUCAGGCAUAUCCAGCACAAGGGUAUCUUCCACCGCAAUAUCCUCAAGGUCCUCCGCCGCAGUAUCCUUAUCAGGGUCCUCCACCCCAAUAUGGUCAGGCUCCACAAAAGAAGAAGAAAGACUCGGGAUUUGUAGAAGGAUGUUUGGCUAUGCUCUGCUGUUGCUUUCUGUUGGAAGCUUGCUUCUGAUUGAAGAUUGAGAUGAUAUUGACCCGUUGACCGUCUACAGGAUGCCAUCGUAUUAUAUGAAACAAGAACUAUAAUUGUUAGGUGUUCAAAAGCAAAAAGAAAAAGAAUUAUAGUUGUUUAAAAAGGACGUCUUUGAUCAAACAUCUAGACAUCUUCUCGUAUGUGUGUGUAUAUGUGCGUUCGCGUUUUGUGUUUGUUCAAGUUUUUUAUUUUUAUUUAUUUCUGGUUUUGAACUUGAAUUUUCCUGAAGUUCUUGUUUUGUUUUGUUUUUUGCUAAUUUUUUUUUAAAAUUACCAAAAUAUUCUGGACCAAAGUUCAUAAUUUCUCAGAUCCAAAACCAAAAUAUGUAUUUUUAAGUAUCAAUAAUCUUAUGAAUUUUAAGUUUUGUUUGGUGUUUUUCAACAAUUUUAAAUGUUUCUAACUAUUAUUAAAUGUUAGUGUUCAUCUUUUGUAUAUGUAAAGUGAACUCACUUUUGUAUAAAUACAUUCAUUUUUCAGUAGAGGAAAAUAAAAUACGGUCAACUCCAAUGAGGUUUCAAAAGAGGAAACAUCUAUUAAAACCCUAAACUUUCAAAUUAAAUUAAAAAAAACCUCCAUUUAGUGUUUAAGCCAAAAAAAUUAUUCAACUUUUAAAUAUUGAAUGUGUUAACUAUCAUAUUUUGUUGACUCGAUAAUUAAAAAAACUCAAACUGUUAAACUCGAUUAAAAAACUAAAUGUCUGUUAACUCUUUAACGAUGUCGUUUCGAAAACUGAUUAAAAACGUAAUCAUACAGUUUUGUUUCUGAUGAAAUAUUAAAUUUAUUGAUCAUCUAGAAAAAAAAAAUGUUUACGUACAUCCAAAGAAUACUGAGAAAUAAAGCUAGAAACUGCCUCCUAACUAUGCUCAGUAUGAGCUCCUAACCAACACUGGAGUAGACUCUGCAACUUCGGCUUCUCUGCAUAUCUAGUAGACAUGAUUCUUUCCUUAUAGUUUUGUCAAUGAUCCUUACAAGCUGACCCUCUGGCCGGGAUUACUGAGAGUGUCUUUUCUCAUUCCUCUCACGCCAUAUGUCAUAUAUUGAAAUUUGGAAUGACAGUCCCAAGAGUAUAGCAAUUCACAAGCCAUGGUAGCCUGUCAAAAAUGUCUGAACAUUCAUCCAAUCCAGAGAUGGAGCGGGCUGCAGUAGCAUGCCUAAUACUUGUAACCAAAGAGUAUAGAUAUAGGGGCACACAAAUAAAUAGAUGAUCUCUAGUCUUUUCUUGCUCGCCACAAAAUAGACAACCCUGAAUCUGACCCCAGGCACGCAUUUUAACUCCCGUAGAUAACCUAUCUUUAACUGCUAACCAGGUGAUAAACGCAAACUGUGGUAUACCUUGCUUAAACCAAAUUAGCUCGUGCCAAGGAACUAGUUGACGCCUAACCCGAAUCAUAUCCCAAGUUGAAAAUGCUGAAAACUCUCGACCAUAAUCAUCAUCAUUAUAAUCAUCCCUUCUCUCUCGCGAAUCGAGAAAUCUCAAAUUGAAAACCCUAAAAUCUCUAUACUAUAUUGGGAUUUUCUGGGUUUCCCGUGAGGCCAUGAGAUUAGGGAUUAAGUGCUUACUAUCUAUGCAAAACGACGUCCUAUAAUUAAGUUUUUAAUCAGUUUUUAAAAUGACGUUGUUAGAGUUUUAACAUACGUUUAGUUUUUAAUGAGUUUAACAGAUGACUAUCCGAAUUUCUUAAAUGGCUGAGUCAAAAAAAUAUAAGAGUUAAAACGUCCAAUUAAAAUUUGAGGAAUUUUUUAGCUCAAACACAAAUUGGAAGUUUUUUUAAAAAUUUGAAAGUUCAUGGUUUUAAUGACUAUUUUCUCGAUUCCAAAACAUCAAAUUUAGUUGAUAAUUAAUUUUCAAUAUGAUUAAAUUUUUUAUCAUUUCACCAAAUUUGGUAUUUUUUAAUAGUGUUAUAUAAAUAUGGUUAACACUAUUCAUAACACUAAACAUCAAAACAAUUAUUUUACUAUGUUUUAUUUAAUAAUAUAGUUAUACGAAUAUUAUUUAUUAAUUUAAUUAUUUUUUGUCAACAACUGACUUGUAUAAAACCAUGGUUGAAUAAACAUAGAAAAUAUUUAAAACAAAUAUAACAUUGAGAACAUAAAACUACAGUAUUUUAACCACUAAACAUAAAAUAUAAAUAAAAUAAUAAUUAGUAAUUACAAAAGAUUAAAAGAACUAAAUUAUUUAAGAGAAAAAAUAUACAUAAUAUUGAUUUUGGUGUGAAGUUUGGUGUUAUACUAAGAAAUUAAAACUAAAAUAGAAUUUGGUCAAAAUCAUAUAACCCGAACCAAACCAUGUCCGAUAAAAAUGGUAUGGGUCUUGCUAAGAAACCGAUUGGAUCUUUAAAUUUGCUGGCGUUCGGAUCGGUAUAGUAUAUUUUUGAAACCGGCCCGAACGAAUAUAUACAUAACCAGUGUUCGUAUUUCCUUCAAAUCUUAAUUUUUUUCUCAUAAAUCGAUUCAAGCACUAAAUCUCCACAAACAGUGAUAUUCUCUUCACAUAUCCUUCCAUAAACCUUAUUCUCAGAUAUUCACUCUGAUUUCACUUUAUCCAUUCGGCAAUUUUAUAUACCCAAAACUCUAAAGACAAACUCUUAUAUAGUUUAUUUGAUUCCCUCCAAAUGGAAACUCAAAAUCAUUGUUUCCAAUCUUCUCCUCCUUCAGAGACUUCAAGGAUCAUUCACAAGUUUCCAUAUUUCUUUUAUGUACUCGAUAUGUACACAAUCAUGAAGAAAUUAAUCCUUUUUUGCUUCGUGUUUAUCGGGUUAGAUUGGUUAGACAAUGAUUUUGAAAUUUCUUCUUGCAUAUAUUCUUUUUUUUGUGUAUAUUUUUGUUGUUAGAACAAGUUUUACAAAUUUAUUUUGAAAAUUGUAUAUGAUUUGUUGUUAGAUCCUUAUUUUAUGUACUAAUGUUUGUUCUUUUUUUUUUGUUAACAUAGUAUUUUUGUAUGUGAGUCUAGGUAGAGUGGAAGGUUUGUCAGACGCCCGUUUUUCGCUUCAUAACCGGAAUCAGAAUCGAAAGCUUGUGGAAGCUUCCGGAAUCUCACUUCUAAUAUGAUUCCAAAAUGUCUUUUUAAGAACAUGUUGGAAGUUUAAGCUUCUGUUUAGGAAUAACACUUCCAUUUUAAAAAAAAAUCAGUGUCAUGAGUAAGUUCAAAAUAUAAAAUAUUUUAUAUAAAUUUCAAAAUAAAUAGUAUUAAUAUAGAGAAAAUACAAAAUAUACAAAUAUCAAAACUAAUACUAUAAAUUAUCUUUGUGCGUAAUAAUUUGUAUAAGAGAUUUUACAUCUAUAUUCAUAUAUAUCAUGACAGAUAUUUAUGAACUAAUUAAAAGUAACUAAUUUGGAAAUAUUUUUUUAUCAGCUUAAUCUGUCAGUGAUUUUUAUUUUGAAUCAUAUAAUUUUAGUCAUAAGUUUAAUAAAAUCAUUUUUAUGUUAUAUCUAUAAAUAUAUUUUUGGAUAUACGUUUCCAACACGUAUCCACUUCCUAACUUUUAAAAAUAUUUUGCUUCUACGCUUCCAUACGAUUCCACUUCUACGUACCCGCUUCCGACUUUAUGUAACAAAUUUGGUGUUUUUUGAAUAGUGCUAUAUAAAGAUGGUUAAAACUAUUCAUAACACUAAACAUCAAAAAAAAUAUUUUUCUAUAUUUAAUAAUAUAGUUAUACGGAUAUUAUAUAUUAAUUUAAUUAUUUUUUGUAAACAACAGACUAGCUCGUAUAAAACCAAAGUUGAAUAAACAUAGAAAAUAUUUAAAGCAAAUAUAACAUUGAGAACAUAAAACUACAGUAUUUUAACCACUAAACAUAAAAUAUUUCAAAAUAAAUUUCAAAAUUAAAAUAUUUACGUAUUUUAUAUAUAUAUAGUUUAAUUUAAAAUGAUAUAUAUAUAUAUAUAAUUAAUUAAAUAAUUAAUUAAAUUAGACUUUUUACUUAUAUGAUUUUGAAAUCAUUUGUAUUUUUUCAUAACAAAAGUCUUAAACCAUAGAUCAUAAAAUUUGAAUGUAGCACUAUUAACAGUUUUAUUAAUUUAUAGUCUUUUAUAAAAAUUUAAAAUAUAACAUAUACCGAAAAUCCUAAAUUUUUUAUAUGGUAAUGUGGUUUUUUAAUUUAUUUUAAUAAUUUACUAAAUAUUUUUCCAAACAACACAAUACUUAAUCU